GCUAGCUGGGGCGAGAGACUUGGGAUAACACGUUCGCCCAAAGAGGAAGGCAGCGAUGUGAACUGGACAUCCGCCACGGAGGAGUCUCAACCUCUCCGGGGAGUCUCCGGCUGUUUCAGUGACCAGCACUUCAACACCAAACAUAAGGAACCUUUAUAGGUUAGCUGUGAUUGGUACUGGACUGGACUCCAGCACUCAAGAUCCUUAGGAUCCUCCGAGAGUAUCAGGGGCCAAGUAGACAAGAGAGGAAGAUAAAAGCUGAGGCAAUUGAACUGCCUGCAAAAUAUUCAUCACAAAACUUCAACUGGAAUUUUUUUCUUGAACUCUUCAGAUCAUACCUAUAGGACUUCGGCUCCAAGCGGAUUGAUUUAAACAGAAACCUUUGGGAAGCAAUGAGUUUCCAGUAACCUGUGGCGUGACUUGUUUCACUUCGAAAAUACGCAACACCAGUGCUUCCCAUCCUACUGACGUGUGGAUUUCUGCAAGCCCAUGUGGACUACGGGUAGAAUGAGCAAUGCAAAGAGUCGGCUUGGACUCGGCACGUCCUUGUACUUCUGGGCACUGAUGGACCUUAUAAGCACCGUUCUCUCCAUCACUCCAAUGCCAGGAGCUGAACUAGAAACACUCUUCUCAGACAGGCCACAGCCACAUCUGCGAAGCAAGAGGAGUUGGGUUUGGAAUCAGUUUUUCGUGCUGGAAGAAUAUACUGGGACUGACCCUUUAUAUGUCGGCAAGCUUCAUUCAGACAUGGACAGAGGAGAUGGAUCCAUCAAAUACAUCCUUUCAGGAGAAGGAGCAGGCAUCGUGUUUACUAUUGAUGACACCACUGGAGACAUCCAUGCCAUUCAGAGGCUGGACCGAGAAGAAAGAGCCCAAUACACUUUAAGAGCUCAAGCUCUAGAUAGGCGGACAGGCCGACCAAUGGAGCCAGAGUCGGAGUUCAUCAUCAAAAUCCAAGAUAUCAAUGACAAUGAGCCCAAGUUCCUGGAUGGACCUUACAUUGCCACAGUGCCAGAAAUGUCACCAGUAGGUACCUCUGUUAUCCAAGUGACAGCCACAGAUGCUGAUGACCCAACCUAUGGCAACAGUGCCCGGGUAGUGUAUAGCAUUCUGCAGGGCCAACCGUAUUUUUCUGUGGACUCCAAAACAGGUGUGAUCAGAACAGCACUCAUGAACAUGGACAGAGAAGCCAAAGAAUACUAUGAAGUAAUCAUCCAAGCCAAGGAUAUGGGAGGACAGCUUGGAGGAUUAGCUGGGACUACAACAGUCAACAUCACCCUCUCAGAUGUCAAUGAUAACCCACCCCGCUUUCCCCAGAAACAUUAUCAGAUGAGUGUGCUGGAGUCAGCUCCAAUUAGCUCCACUGUGGGGAGAGUGUUUGCCAAGGACUUGGAUGAAGGCAUCAAUGCAGAGAUGAAGUAUACUAUUGUGGAUGGAGAUGGUGCAGAUGCUUUUGAUAUUAAUACAGACCCAAAUUUCCAAGUUGGCAUCAUAACUGUGAAGAAGCCCCUGAGUUUUGAAAGCAAGAAAAGCUAUACUCUGAAGGUAGAAGGAGCCAAUCCUCACCUAGAGAUGCGUUUUCUGAACCUUGGCCCAUUUCAGGACACGACCACAGUACACAUCAGUGUGGAGGAUGUGGAUGAGCCGCCUGUGUUUGAACCUGGCUUUUAUUUCGUGGAGGUGCCUGAGGAUGUGACAAUUGGAACAACCAUACAGAUCAUUUCUGCCAAGGACCCAGAUGUGUCCAACAACUCAAUCAGAUACUCCAUUGACAGAAGCAGCGACCCUGGGAGAUUUUUUUAUAUUGACAUUACAACCGGUGCUCUCAUGACUGCAAGACCACUAGACAGAGAGGAGUUUUCUUGGCAUAACAUAACAAUCCUUGCUAUGGAAAUGAACAAUCCCUCCCAAGUGGGAAGUGUUGUUGUCACAAUCAAAGUCUUAGAUGUGAAUGACAACGCUCCAGAGUUUCCCAGGUUCUAUGAAGCUUUCAUCUGUGAGAAUGCCAAAGCUGGACAGCUCAUCCAGACAGUGAGUGCUGUGGAUCAAGAUGACCCUCACAAUGGUCAGCAUUUCUACUACAGUUUGGCUCCUGAAGCUGCCAACAACCCCAACUUCACUGUCAGGGACAACCAAGAUAAUACGGCUCGGAUUCUAACCAGGAGGUCCGGCUUCCGGCAGCAGGAGCAGAGCGUCUUCUACCUGCCCAUCCUCAUAGCAGACAGCGGAGAGCCAGUACUCAGCAGUACCGGCACACUCACCAUCCAAGUGUGCAGCUGCAGCGACGACGGCCACGUCACAUCCUGCAGUCCAGAGGCCUAUAUGCUCCCCGUCAGCUUGAGCCGGGGUGCCCUCAUCGCCAUCCUGGCCUGCAUCUUUGUCCUCCUUGGAGGGUGUGUUGGUUGUAUGUUGCCUGAUAGGAAAUUCUUCUGGGAUCCUGCCAUAUGUGCCGCUGGGAUUUCAGUGCUGGUGCUGCUCAUCCUGUCCAUGAGGCGGCACCGGAAGCAGCCCUACAUCAUCGACGACGACGAGAACAUCCACGAGAAUAUCGUGCGCUACGACGACGAGGGCGGCGGCGAGGAGGACACGGAGGCCUUCGACAUCGCGGCCAUGUGGAACCCGCGCGAGGCGCAGGCGCAGGCGGGCGCCCCGAAGGCGCGGCAGGACAUGCUCCCCGAGAUCGAGAGCCUCUCCCGCUACGUGCCUCAGACGUGCGCCGUCAGCAGUACGGUGCACAGCUACGUGCUGGCCAAGCUCUACGAGGCCGACAUGGACCUGUGGGCGCCGCCCUUCGACUCGCUGCAGACCUACAUGUUCGAGGGGGACGGCUCUGUGGCCGGCUCGCUCAGCUCCCUGCACUCAGCCACCUCGGACUCGGAGCAGAGCUUUGACUUCCUCACAGACUGGGGGCCCCGCUUCCGGAAACUCGCGGAACUCUACGGGGCGUCGGAGGGGCCCGCGCCCGUGUGGUGACGGAAGCCCGAAGGUCGAGGCGCAUCUGAAACCCAGAAGUUCUCAAAGGCCGCUUCUCGUACAGAGGUGUGGCCGCCGCAGGAGCAAUAUUGUGCUGGUCAGUGAGGAUGGGAGUGAGUGGACCUAGCAGAGCUCUCUCUGGAUCAGCUUUACUUGGUUAGACUAAGUUAAAUAAUCAGAAGAAAACCCAGGAAGAAGAGGGCAGAAUCUCCAGUCACCGUUUUAGACGUUUUAUUUAUUUUUCCCCCACACUGCAUUCAAAGACUUGAAGUAUUAUGAACAAAAGCUUGGCUUUUUUUUUUUAAACUAUUCACCAAGGCCUUUGACAUUUUGCCACCACGAAAAGUACCCAUUUUAUCUUUGUUCUCCAUAUCAGAUUGUUUUUCCAGAUCAUCAGAUAUGCAGAAAUCAACAUGCACGCAUACACACACACCACUGAAAAAAAUUAUUCCUCAGUGAAAUUGUUCUAAGAUGGAUGGUAUUUUAUUUAACCUUUUUGAGACAAGGGUUAAGAUUGACUGGGCCUUGCAUG